AAAAUUCAAUGGAAAAUAAAGAAAUACGUAACGGAAAUGGAGGGAGUUUUAAACCCCAAAAAGAAAUAAAUUACUGUAAUUAAUCUGAAGAUAAGGACAAAAGAGGUUAGAGAGUGAGGGUAGCAGCUGAGGGGGUGGGUGGGGGUAAGGGUGGGGGUGGUUCCUGCUUGACAACUGUACUGAAAUGAAAUUGGAGCACUAUUCGGCCAUCCCAAAGCACCCUUUUUUUAUUUUCUGUUUCUUUCUUUACUGUUUCUUUCACACACAUUUUUGGCGUGUAUGUGCGUGUGAGAAAAGAGUGUGGGAGACCCACUACAAUGGACCCAUUUCUUCCUCAGCCUUCGACGAUUUUAUACGUGGAUUCUAUCGCAUUCUCCUAGCGCUCUGCGGUCCCUCCGUUUUAGAUUCGGAUGAACCCUAAUUUUCACCGCGGCUGAUGCAAAUGUACAGUAAAGUAGCAGUUCUUUCUCUCCGAACAGCUAUUUACUGAAGAUUACAAUGAGAGACGAGAUGAUGGUUGAAUCCUCAACAAUGUUAUUCAGCAGAGAAUUUGAGGAUUUGCAUGAUGAUGGUUUUGAUGGAUCUACAGAUGAGCAAAGAAUUUUCAGUGAGAUCUUCUUUGGAAGUGAUGGUAGUAGGAAGAAAGGAUUUAUGGUUUCUGAGGCUACUAUUAUACAUUGCGACUGUAUAAAGGGAACAGACAUGUCACUUUGCUCAAACAGUGGAAAGUCAUCAUUAACCAGUCACAAUUUUUAUGCAAAAGAGGAUUUUUCCAGAAAAUGUCCUUUGGAAUAUCUAUCGUCAAUGAAAAGUAACCAUGAGGUGAAAUCAUUAGUUGAAGAUCAUCCAGAUGUGAAACUAGAUUUGGGGGAUACCUUGUGCGCUCAAGCUCCCUCAGAACGAGUGGUUUCAGACAUAUCUUUGGAAAACUCUAUUUCUGCAGGUCACACGUUAACAUAUCGUGUAGUUGAAUCGUCUGGUCAGGGUGUUAUGUCUGGUAGCUAUCAGCUGAAGCCGAUUCCUUAUCAGGGAAAAGUAUGUGAACUUAGUGGUAGAGGUAGCUGUAAAAAUAGGGUAUCUAGCUUAGAUCAAAAUGAUCAGAAGGAAGCUGUACAUAUAACUGUUACUUCUCCUAUUUCUCAAGAGAGCUACGCAAGCAGGCUCCUAGCUACCGAUCCAUCUACCUCUGUUGCAAACAGAAUUGGUACUCAUCGACUAACUAAGCCUAAAUGGAAGGAUGCCUGCUUUUUGCAACUAGAUGAAGAUGAGUUGGCUAUGCCAAAGGACAUAAAAAAUGAUCCUCGCCCUCUUCUUCGUUAUCACAUCUAUCGUUUGCUUAGAGCAGCCGGAUGGCUGAUUGGGAGGCGUAGAAGGAACAGUAAAUAUAAUGGGAUUGGAGAAUACGUCUAUAAGUGUCCAGGAGGAAGACCAAUUCGUGAAUUUCAUAGGGCUUGGAAUAUGUGUGGUGAGAGUUUGUUGACUGAUGCCAAUUUGUGUUUGCAGACAAGUGAUUGUAUCCAGUGGGCUGAUAUGACUGAAUUGUGGACUGAUUUAUCUCGUAUAAUACAACAAAUUGAUGAUAAACUAAAUAUUUUAGAAGAUAUUUCUGCUAUGGCUCAUUUGUGGUGCCUUCUGGAUCCUUUUGCAAAUGUAGUUUUCAUUGAGAAGACAAUUCGUUUGCUGAAAGAAGGAAUUACAGUAAAAGCAAAUAGAAGUUCAGUGAUUACUUCAGGUGCUGGGUCGGUUGUCAAAUACCGGAAAAUCUCCAGUUCAGGAAGAAGUUGCGUCGACCCAAUGUCCCUUCAAAAUUGUGGGUAUGAUGAGAGUAAUCAAAUUGAUGUUGGUCUGUUUGAUGUUCCAAUCAGUUCUGGAGGGCUUCAAUCACUUGAAGAGUUUGAGACUGUUUUCACUCACCAGGACUGCAGUACAAGUUCCCCAAUUACUGACCAAAUAAUAGAUAAGGAAGAAGUUGUUUUUGGCCAAGUGAGAAAGAGUCACAAAAAAUCUAGAAAAAUAUCUGAAAUGAAACUGAAUGGAUCUCAUUUAAAUGGUCAACCUAUGGAUGAAAUAAAUAGUGUUAGAUGUGGAUCUAAGAAAUCAAAAGCAUGUCGCCUUAAUGACGAUGAUCUCCUAAUUUCUGCCAUUAUGAAAACUAAAAUAUGUCGAACCACCAACAAAUGGUCCACGCGCAAGUCUAAGCCUCUGAGGAAACGCAAGACCCGCAAAGGCAGCUGCAGGUUGCUGCCAAGGAGCCUCAAGAAGGGUGCAAAACAUAUUCUAGAAGGAAAGUGGUCUGCUGUUGGAUUAAGAACAGUUUUAUCAUGGUUGAUUCAUUCUGGUGUUGUUUCUUUAAGUGAGGCAAUCCAGUACAGGAAUCUAAAAGAUGAUACCGUGAUAAAAGAUGGUCUAGUUACCAGGGAUGGGAUAUUAUGCAAAUGUUGCAACACGAUCUUUUCCAUCUCAAAGUUCAAGAUUCAUGCUGGUUUCAGGUUAAAUCGCCCUUGUGCCAAUCUCUUCAUGGAGUCUGGUAAGCCAUUCACCUUAUGCCAGCUUGAGGCAUGGUCAGCUGAAUACAAGGCAAGAAAAGUAGCCCCUCAAACUGAGCAAGUUGAUGAGAUGGAUCAAAAUGAUGACAGCUGUGGGCGCUGUGGUGAUGUUGGUGAAUUAAUAUGUUGUGAUAACUGUCCAUCAGCAUUCCAUCAGGCAUGCUUGUUUGAACAGGAGCUGCCUGAAGGAAAUUGGUACUGUCCCCAAUGCCGAUGCCAAAUUUGUGCAGAUGCAGUCAGCGAUAAAGAAUCUUCACAACUCCAUGGGGAUCUGAAGUGCACUCAGUGUGAAGAUAAAUAUCAUGAAACUUGCAUGCAGAGGAAGGGUAUGGGAAUUGGGUUGGUCUCAGACACCUGGUUUUGUGGAGAUGGCUGUUACCAGGUCUACAAUAGUCUUCAGUCACGUAUUGGGUUGGAAAAUCUUCUCUCUAAUGGCUUCUCUUGGACGCUUUUGCGAUGCAUUCCCAGUGACCAAAAGGUUCAUUCUGCACAGCGAGUUGUGGCUUUGAGGGCAGAAUGCAACUCGAAGUUGUCUGUUGCAAUCACGAUCAUGGAGGAAUGUUUUCUCCCCAUGGUGGAUAUAAAAACAGGGAUAGACAUGAUACCUCAAGUAAUAUUCAACUGGGGAUCACAAUUUGCACGUCUUAACUACAGUGGCUUCUAUACUGUGGUUUUGGAAAAAGAUGAUGUUGUCCUGUGUGUAGCAUCCAUCAGAAUCCACGGGGUGAAGGUUGCAGAGCUGCCUCUAGUUGCCACUUGCAGCAGAUAUCGUAGACAAGGAAUGUGCCGCCGCCUAAUCAAUGCUAUUGAAGAGAUGCUUAAAUCUUUGAAGGUUGAGAAGCUUGUUAUAUCUGCUAUCCCCGAUUUGGUGGAUACGUGGACCCUGGGGUUUGGCUUCGAACGUUUGGAAGAGGAAGAGAGACAAAGUCUCAGUAAAACCAACCUUAUGGUUUUUCCUGGAGCAGUGUGGCUGAAGAAGAUGUUGUAUGACAACUGCAACAUGGAUGAGCGAAAUGGAUCAGAUGAUUUGGAUUCCAUCCAAGUGGGAGCUCACGAAAGAGGAUCAAAUGCAGAACAAGAAGAUUCUGUUGAUAGCUUUGCUGCUAAAGAAGACUGCAUCACGACAGCAGAGGCCUUGCAGUUUUGCAGGGGAAACAUUCUAGACAUUCUGCAAAAUCCACCGUGCAGUACCCUCUAUUUCGAGGGUCAAGAUUCAAACCCACCAGGCCAUAAUUCUUUUGUCGAAGAAGCCAACAACGAGGCCGGACCUAUUGAGGAGAUGGAGCGCUGCAUCUCGCUGAAUCAACCAUCAAGACUCGAUGAACAUCACAACUCAUUCCUUGAAGAUGCAUGUGUUGCUAGGGAUGAAGAUCCGGAGAAGGCGCAAUCUGGAAGAAGGCGGAAUCCAGUAGUUUUUGUUGAGGAAUUUUCAUCGGAAGAGUCGAAUUUGCAAGUGAGUAGCAUUUUGUGUAAUCCAGUUUUGAAAGUUUCACCGGAAGAUCCGGUUGCCGUGCCGCCGGGUGGUAAACUAGAUGUAGGUUGUGGGACAGAAGCUGAGGAAAUUCAUUCUGUUAGACAAAAUAUUGUCUUCUUGUAAAGAGUAGUAGUGCAUUUAUUAGAGCAGCUUAAUUUAUAAAAGUAGAAAAAAUUGUCCAUUUAUUUAUAAAAUUAAAAAUUAAAUUUUCCGGA